AUGACGCUGUUUGAGCAGGUUCAGCGCCGGCAGGCUGCUGGCGCGCGGUCGCGACCAGAGCCCAUUGAUUUUGACCGAACAUUGCUGCUGGCGCCCCUCGUGUUGAUGCAUUUUGUUCUUGCAUACCUGGUUCGGCUGCAGUAUUCACAAGAAGUGUCUCUAAGUAUAGCCCUCAGCGAAUCAUGGGUUUCGAUUCCGGUGUUUUGGGCACUGCUAUCACUUCCUAGAUCGUACUUUAACUCCAAACUUUCUCAAGCACUGCAGGUGGUCGCGGGAACGUGUUUGGGCAGCUACCUGGUGUACAUUGCCAACGAGGAGGGCUACUACGCGACGAUGAAGAAGGCGCCCCCUCUCGGCGCUCUGUUUGCCUGGUUAUUUAUCGAACUCUACUGGUACAACGCUGUUAUCUGUCUUUUAGCAGUAUCCGGUUAUUUAUGGGUUACGGGGUAUUCUCUUUAA